AUGAUACAGUGCGAGCUUCUUACCGUUUCGUUGGAAGAGGUCUCAGGCGCUUUCGAUGCACUGUCCUAUGUGUGGGGCUAUGCGGACGUCAAAGAGCGGAUCAAGGUAGAUGGCAAGACAAUCGAGGUGACGAUGAAUCUGGAGGCAGCCUUGCGGAGAGUCAGGAAUACUGAAAAGGCAGAGCUGCUAUGGGUAGACGCUGUGUGUAUCAACCAGCAGGAUGUCGAAGAGAAGAAUAUACAGGUCAUGCGCAUGAAGGAUAUAUACACAAUGUGUGGAAGAGUGCUCGUCUGGCUGGGCGAUGCGAUAAUAGACGGAACCAGAAACGACAGGGAUGGAGUCGAGGUUGCGAUCAAGGCUAUGUCUUUUCUGAAAACAGCACACAGGAUCGUGCGUGGGAAAGACACGGUCGGCAAACUGGAUUAUCAAAAGCUAUUCAUGAGUAGCGCGGGGAGCAUGCAGCCUUUUGAAGAUCCGAGCACAGUCGGUCUCCCCAAGGUUGGUGCUCCGGAAUGGGAGAGCUUGAGCAAAUUUUCAAGCAGGCCAUGGUUUAGUCGCGUAUGGAUCAUCCAGGAAGCAUCAAGUGCGGACGACACGCUACUGAUGGUAGGAAAGAAUGCGAGACUCGGCUGGGGCCAACUGUCACAAGCGGUGAAUUGGUUUAUAGCUCGUGCUUACCCAGACAACAUAGACGGCCUCCGUAUAUUGAGCAAUAUCUCCAUGAUCGAAACAUGCCGUAGGUAUAAGACUCCGACCUUGAUGCGCAGACUGGAUCAGAUAUCUAGAUUCAACUCUACGGUCCCACAUGACAAGAUCUAUGCGGUACUGGGCCUAUCCAUCGAAUCUCUAACACCUGAGAAAUAUCCGCGCUUACGCAUCGACUACGCCCGAGACUGGGAGGCUGUGUUCCGAGAUGUUGCAAGACACUGCAUCGAGAUGCCUGGCUCCUACGGACCAAAGCCGACACUGCAUAUAUUGAGUUCAGUACGUCAGGAGCGUGACGACGAAGGAUAUUUUGCCUGGGACAAGGGACAAUCUUCCUGGGUGCCCAAAUGGGAUAAAAUACACAGCAACUGUGCUAUCGUGCAGCGCAUGUCCCACUUUACUUUCCAAACAACAUACGAUACCGAGCCGUGUAUUGUCGAAUCGCAAGAUGACCGCAUACUCUCCCUGAAAGGCAUCGUUGUCGACAGAAUCGCGAAGGUAUACACCCAUUUGGAUGAUAUUCAUAACGAUCACGAUCCGAUGUUCUCCUUGAACCAGUUCCGCGCUGUCAUAGAGAUAUGGAAGGCCAUCCUUUGGGGAUGGGAGGUGAAUGGCCGCGGUCGGUACUCGCUUAACGGAGAAGCAUUUGCGAAGGUCAUUACGGGGGGUUCUGCUUGCGGACCGCCUGAAACAGGGUCGCCUGGGCAGUACUUUACUGCGUAUUACGAGUUUGGCCUUCAAUACGCGAAAGAAGAGGAACCAGGCACACUUCCCAGAUUCAGCGCUUUCUCUGCCCCAAAUAAACGAGACAUCGAGUCGCCUUGUAUGGAGGACAUCUCAAGUGAAGAAGCCUUGGAAAGGCUGUCUUUGAUGGCGUUGAGAUUCAACAUCGCUGUGGAUAUUGAACGGGCCAUCUUCGUAACUGAGACGGGGUACAUUGGCAGUGGACCGCCGAUUACACGAGUUGGAGACGAGGUAUGCGUACUGUAUGGUGGGAAAACGCCCUUUGUUGUGCAGAAAGUAACGAAAGGACCCAACUGUCCUGAGUGGCUGGACCUUGAUAUGGAUCUUUCCACCAGCUCAGUCGAGAAAUUCAAAGGCUCAUUGAAGAGCUGGAAUCCGUUCCAAAAGAAGAAGAAGUUAAAAGAAUGUACACCAGCGCCUGCGAAAAGUCAUGCUCUUCUCCGCACCGACUGCUAUCGUCUCGUUGGUGAGUGCUAUGUUGAGGGACUCCAGAAGGGAGAAGCACUAGACCUACGAGACAAGGGCGAUCUCCACGAGAAAGUACUGCAUCUCGUCUGA